CUCUAUCCACAUACCUGAUAGAAACCAGCGGAAUUCAACCUGACGCCAGAAGAAAAUUUGUUUUUGCUUCCAUUCUCUGAAAAUGAGCAGCCGACGCCGACGAUGCAAGCGUCAGUUGAUCAAGUUCACUCAGCAUAUUGCUCGGCUAAUCACAGGAACUCUGAACACAGAUAAUGAGGACGAAGAACAAGAGAGCACAACGGAACGGUAUCACCCAGAAAAUCUGGAGCAACUGCAGUCGCAGACCCAUUUCUCCAGACAAGAGCUGCAGUUACUCUAUAGAGGAUUCAAGAAUGAUUGUCCAAGUGGAGUUGUGAAUGAGGACACUUUUAAAAACAUAUAUGCUCUGUUCUUCCCACUAGGAGAUUCAUCCAAGUAUGCUGAGUUUCUCUUCAAUGCAUUUGAUAAAGAUAAGAAUGGCUCUCUUAGUUUUGAGGAGUUAGUCUGUGAUCUAUCUGUUUUGCUGAGAGGCACUACUGAAGAAAAGCUGAACUGGGCUUUCAAUCUAUAUGACAUCAACAAAGAUGGGCAGAUUACUAAAGAGGAAAUGCUGGAUAUAAUGAAGUCUAUUUAUGAUUUGAUGGGGAAAUCUAUACAUCCACGGCUUAAGGAGGAGGCAGUGAGGCAACAUGUCAGAAUGUUCUUCCAAAAAAUGGACAUAAACCAGGAUGGUGUAGUAACUAUUGAUGAAUUCAUUGAUAGCUGUGAAAAGGAUGAACAUAUCAUGCAGUCUCUUAAGAUCUUUGACAAUGCAGUCUAGCUAUUGACCUGGAAUUCCACCAGUACUUAACUGUCAUGGGUUAAUGAAGACAGCUUUUCUGUACUGUUGUUCUGGAUUCUUCUAGACAGCUCAGGACUGCUUUGGACUGUCUAUGCCAACUCACUACUGAAUGUACAGUAUACAUUGCAUUGGUAAACGUUUGAGACUGUUGUGUGAUGCAAAUCGAAGUGGAAUAUUAGCAGUAGAGCAGCACCUGCUUUUAAAGCAACAGUGUCGUUGUAUUAUUAUGUGCUUCUGUUGUUACCAAUGUGGUUCAGUUUUGGGUAUCUGUUUCAUUCUAUUGUUUCACACAUCUUCUGUUUCACACCUGAACCGUAAGCACUUAAUGUAUACUUUUGUAGAGAUUCAAAGCCUUAUAACCCCAACCUUUUUAAUAUUUAAUACAGUAGAUAAAUAAUAUAUACAAGACUGGGACUACUUGAAAGCUUUCAAGGUCAAACUAAAACCGUCUAAGUGAAGUGAACGCCCACUUUUCUUGACGUCAAAUGUCCACAUUGCAUUUGAAGUAACACUAUUUUUUUUCUGCCAAAAAAAACUUGUUCU